CUUUGUGCGCUAUAAAUGCUCUUUCAGAAAAUACUUAACCCUUCUCCCACUUUCUUGACUAAGUUACCAAUCAUGAAAAUAAUGUUUUACCACUUUAUUUUUAUUUUGUAGUUCUUUAUUAUAACCGCCUGCUAGGACAACAAAACAAUAGAUAUAAUAGGGACUAUAGAAUUAAUGCUCAAUAAAGUUAGGUAGGGAGUUUGGAAAAAUGGAAUAUGUUUUAAUUACCACUAGAAUUGAGAAACGACAUAGUGAAAUGAUCAUGUGAGAGAGUUUGAGAUUUGUGAGUUGUGACAGGAUGAAAGAAAAAAAUAAUGAAAAGGUUGGUGGGAUGUGAAUAUAUCUAAUAAUAAUGAUGCACCAUUGGGAGAGAGAUGGAAUCAGCUUUUAAUGGGUGGUCUCUUGUUUGGUAUGGUAUGGUAUGGUAGUAUGGUAGAAUUGUGUGUAACUGUCGUUUCAAAUCACGUGACUGUGCUUUUUUGAUUUCUAUGACAUCACCUUUCAACCCCUGUCCUGUUUUUUUGUUAUCUUUUUCUUGUGAAAAGAAAAUGUUAUCUUUCUCUCAGUUUUCUGUCAUGUGCAUGAUUGCCUCAGCUCCCACUGUUAAGCAAAAAAAUUCUUUUGUUUUUCUUAUUUCAUCUUUGUCUCAUUGAAGAUUGAAGAUUUGAGAGGUGUACCCAAGUUUCAGUUUUUCCUAGUUCUUCCAGCCAUACAAACUGAGAAGAGAUCUGCAGGUAACUACUGUCUUAACAGUUCACAGAUGAAAUUCAGUUUGAAGAUUUGAGUGUUGAGGACAAUGGAUCUCAACUACAGAAAGUGUUGGAACAGUCCAAAGGGUUCAUGGAAGAACACCCUUCUCUUAGCUUACCAAAGCCUUGGUGUGGUAUAUGGGGACCUAAGCAUUUCUCCUCUGUAUGUUUACAAGAGCACAUUUGCAGAAGACAUUCAACACUCAGACACUAACGAAGAGAUUUAUGGGGUUCUAUCUUUUGUUUUCUGGACUCUUACUUUAGUCCCUCUCUGCAAGUAUGUCUUUAUUGUGCUCCGAGCUGAUGAUAAUGGAGAGGGUGGUACUUUUGCUCUGUAUUCACUCUUAUGUAGGCAUGCAAAAGUGAGUCUUUUACCCAAUCGACAAGCUGUUGAUGAAUCACUUUCUACAUAUAAACUAGAACACACACCAGAAAGUAAAAACAGUUCAAGGGUGAAAAGUAUACUGGAGAAGUACAAGGGCUUGCAUACAGCUGUGCUGAUUCUGGUUCUUCUUGGUACUUGUAUGGUAAUUGGAGAUGGGCUUCUCACCCCUGCCAUUUCAGUUUUCUCAGCAGUUUCUGGCCUUGAAUUAUCCAUGUCUAAGGAGCACCACCAGUAUGCUGUGAUUCCAAUAACUUGCUUCAUAUUAGUGUGCCUAUUUGCACUUCAACAUUAUGGCACGCACCGAGUUGGAUUCUUCUUUGCACCAAUUGUGUUGACGUGGCUUCUAUGCAUCAGCACCCUCGGCUUGUAUAAUAUAUUUCGCUGGAAUCCACAAGUUUAUCAAGCUCUUUCCCCUUACUACAUGUUCAAGUUCUUGAAGAAGACAAGGAUAAGUGGAUGGAUGUCUUUAGGUGGAAUACUAUUGUGCAUAACAGGCUCAGAGGCAAUGUUUGCUGAUCUUGGACAUUUCUCAUAUACGGCCAUUCAGAUUGCUUUCACUUUUCUGGUUUAUCCAGCACUUAUUUUGGCAUACAUGGGCCAAGCUGCUUACUUAUCACAUCAUCACCACUCCAGUCAUAGUAUCAGUUUUUAUGUCUCAGUUCCUGAAUCUGUAAGGUGGCCAGUUCUUGUUGUAGCUAUUCUUGCUUCAGUUGUGGGAAGCCAAGCAAUCAUCAGUGGAACAUUUUCUAUCAUAAACCAAAGCCAGUCGAUUGGUUGCUUUCCAAGAGUCAAGGUCAUUCACACUUCUGACAAGAUUCACGGUCAAAUAUAUAUUCCAGAGAUCAAUUGGAUUCUCAUGAUCCUUUGCAUUGCUGUAACCAUUGGAUUUAGAGACACUAAACACAUGGGAAAUGCAUCAGGGCUGGCAGUGAUGACAGUUAUGCUAGUGACCACGUGUCUGACUUCUUUGGUGAUAAUACUUUGUUGGAAUAAGCCCCCUAUUUUAGCUAUUUUGUUCCUUCUUUUUUUCGGCUCCAUUGAAUUGCUUUACUUCUCAGCUUCUCUCACCAAGUUCACUGAAGGAGCUUGGUUCCCAAUCCUUCUUGCCCUUUUCCUCAUGACCAUCAUGUUUGUUUGGCACUACGCCACCAUCAAGAAAUACGAAUACGAUCUCCACAACAAGGUCUCUUUGGAAUGGCUUCUGGCCUUGGGUCCAAGCCUUGGAAUUGCCAGAGUACCUGGAAUUGGUCUAGUCUUCACUGAUCUCACUUCUGGUAUCCCUGCAAACUUCUCCCGCUUUGUCACCAACCUCCCUGCCUUCCAUCGCAUCCUUGUUUUUGUCUGCGUAAAGUCAGUACCUGUCCCCUUUGUUACUCCGGCCGAGAGGUACCUUGUGGGUCGUGUUGGCCCUGCAGCUCAUCGAUCCUACAGGUGCAUUGUUCGAUAUGGAUACCGGGAUGUUCAUCAGGACAUUGAUUCUUUUGAGACCGAGCUUGUGGAAAAGCUUGCAGACUUUAUCAGAUACGAUUGGUGCCAAGCACACCAGGAUAACUCGUGUAGUGACGAUGAUGCCUUCCGUUCUAAUGAGUCAAGUGAGUGUAGGUUGGCCGUGAUCGGAACAGUAGCAUUCUCUGGUGCACCGACUUACGAAAUUGAGGAGACUGUUGGGCCAGCUAGUGUCUCAGUUGAUUUCCCAACUGUGGAAAGUAUCACAGAAGUUAUAGAGAUGGAAGCAGUUGGUCAAAAUGAGAGAAGAGUGAGGUUUGCCAUUGAUGAGAGUUCAGAAGCAGAUGAUAGCCGUCGUGAGAUCGAAAUGCAGCUGCAAGAGGAGCUGGAAGAUCUGUACCAAGCUCAACAAUCUGGAACUGCAUUCAUAUUGGGACAUUCUCAUGUUCAGGCAAAGCAAGGUUCAUCUGUGUUCAAGAAGCUAGCCAUUAACUUUGGCUACAAUUUCCUGAGGAGGAAUUGCCGGGGUCCAGAUGUGGCCCUCAAAGUCCCACCAGUGUCUCUCCUUGAGGUUGGAAUGGUUUAUAUUGUGUAGGCCACAUAAAAAUAUGUAAUUAAGUUAGUUUCUUCUUCUUCUUCUUCUUUCUUUAUCCUCUUAUUGCUAUAGAGGGAACUGAAAACGGUUUAGCAGGUAUCUAUAUCUCAAUGUCUUAACCCUUACCCAAGAGAAAAAAAAAAAAAAAAAGACAAGAAAUUGGAAGAUGGUGUCCUGUGUGAUGACAUUUUAGAAUUACCACCAAUAUACAACCUUUUUGAAA